GAGUGGCCACAAAACCCGGAAAGGUGGAAUCUGCUCAUUUUUAACUCUUGGGCGACUCCGGCGCUGGGCAUGCUCAGUAGUGAGAAAAGGUGCUGGUUGCGAGAAGGAAGCUUCUCCUCCUGCUGCAGAGAGAGCUGGGGCAGAGGAAGAGGAGAAGGAGGAGGAGGAGGAGGAGGAAGAAGAAGGAAAAGAAGAAGAAAAGGAGGUGGAGGUGGAGGAGGAGGAGGUGGAGGUGGAGGAGGGAGGCAACGCUGGCGGGCGGAGCUGUAGCCUCCCGGGAGCUUGGGAGCCUGAGCCCGAGCCCGUGAAAGUUAAACACAGGUGCUCUCUAAUAGAAGCCUAUGAUCUCAAACUGAGACCAUUGAUUUGACGUUAAAAAGGAUAUGUAAGCAACUGAGCAAACAUUGAAGAAAUACAUAAAGUACUAUCAUUGUUUAAGUGCAAAGCCUUCGUCUAUUCUUUAAGUGAUCUAAAGCAUAGAAAGCAACAACUUCUGUUGUCCAAAGAUGGAAAAUAAUACAACUACCAUUUCUCGGGAAGAAUUGGAAGAACUUCAAGAAGCAUUCAAUAAAAUAGAUAUUGACAACAGUGGCUAUGUUAGUGACUAUGAGCUUCAGGAUCUCUUUAAAGAAGCCAGGCUCCCCCUGCCUGGCUACAAGGUGCGAGAAAUUGUGGAGAAAAUUCUAGCGGUGGCUGACCACAACAAAGACGGCAAAAUCAACUUUGAAGAGUUUGUAUCAUUAAUGCAGGAAUUAAAAAGCAAAGAUAUCAGCAAAACAUUCAGAAAAAUCAUAAACAAAAAGGAGGGAAUUACUGCCAUCGGAGGAACUUCAGCCAUCUCCAGUGAGGGGACCCAACAUUCUUAUGCAGAGGAAGAAAAAGUGGCUUUUGUUAACUGGAUAAACAAAGCCCUUGAGAAUGACCCUGACUGUAAGCAUCUAAUCCCAAUGGAUCCAAUGGAUGCUAGUCUUUUCAAAUCCCUUGCAGAUGGCAUCCUUCUUUGCAAAAUGAUCAACUUAUCUGAACCAGAUACAAUUGAUGAAAGAGCCAUUAACAAGAAGAAACUCACACCUUUCACCAUUUCUGAAAACUUAAAUCUAGCAUUGAAUUCAGCAUCAGCCAUUGGCUGCACUGUAGUUAACAUUGGAGCCCAAGAUCUGAAGGAAGGAAAACCACACUUGGUUUUGGGACUUCUAUGGCAGAUCAUUAAAGUUGGUCUUUUUGCUGAUAUUGAGAUUUCCAGGAAUGAAGCUCUGAUUGCCUUAUUAAAUGAGGGAGAAGAACUAGAACAGCUCAUGAAGCUUUCUCCAGAAGAUCUCUUGCUACGAUGGGUAAACUUUCAUCUGACAAAUGCAGGAUGGCAGAAAAUCAACAACUUCAGUCAAGAUAUUAAGGAUUCCAGGGCCUACUUUCAUCUGCUUAAUCAGAUUGCCCCCAAAGGAGACAAAGAUGAUGAACUUUCUAUUACCAUUGAUCUUUCAGGAUUUAAUGAGAAAAAUGAUCUGAAGAGAGCUGGGCUGAUGCUUCAGGAAGCUGACAAACUGGGCUGUAGACAGUUUGUUUCUCCGGCAGAUGUGGUUUCUGGAAAUCCUAAACUUAAUUUAGCUUUUGUAGCAAAUCUGUUUAACACAUAUCCAUGCCUGCACAAGCCUGACAAUAAUGACAUUGAUUUGAAUUUGUUAGAAGGAGAAAGCAAAGAAGAGAGAACAUUCCGGAACUGGAUGAAUUCUUUGGGUGUCAGUCCAUAUAUUAAUCAUUUGUACAGUGACCUGGCUGAUGCUUUAGUGAUCUUUCAGCUGUAUGAAAUGACUCGGGUACCAGUGGAGUGGAGCCAUGUCAAUAAACCUCCUUAUCCUGCACUUGGAGGUAACAUGAAAAAGCUUGAAAAUUGUAACUAUGCAGUGGAACUUGGAAAGAAUAAGGCCAAAUUUUCCCUGGUGGGGAUUGCUGGGCAGGACUUACAUGAAGGGAAUUCAACUCUUACCCUGGCAUUGAUAUGGCAGCUGAUGAGAAGGUAUACACUGAAUGUACUAUCAGAUCUUGGAGAAGGUGAAAAAGUAAAUGAUGAAAUCAUUAUUAAAUGGGUGAAUCAAACUCUUGCAGAUGCAAAUAAAAAAACUUCAAUUUCCAGCUUCAAGGAUAAAUCCAUUAGCACGAGUUUACCUGUAUUAGAUUUAAUAGAUGCCAUUGCACCAAACGCAAUUCGUAAAGAAAUGGUCAGAAGAGAUGACUUGUCCCAUGAAGACAAGCUGAAUAAUGCUAAAUAUGCCAUUUCGGUUGCUCGAAAGAUUGGUGCACGGAUAUAUGCCCUACCGGAUGACUUGGUAGAAGUGAAGCCAAAGAUGGUUAUGACGGUGUUUGCAUGCUUAAUGGGGAAAGGCCUGAACAAAAUAAAAUAGUGAAAUAUGUAAUUAAUAUUCUGCCACGUUCAACACAUUGAAUGCCUCACAGUUUACAGAAUUCUGAAGUUUAGUGGGUAUAAAACCAGAGAUUAUUUGUAUGCACAAUGGUUAUAUAUUCAUUAAUAUUUAGUAUCUUGUUUAUACUAGUUAGAACUUGUCAGCCUUUUCAGAGAAUAUGAUUAAUUUAGUAAUUAAUUCUGGUGGUAGAAAGUGUUCAUUACCACACUCAGAUUUUGUCAUUGAAUUAUUUCUUUUCCCUAAAAUACCAUUAAAUCAUGACUGGUUUGUUUUCUUUUGUGAUGUAAAAAAGAUCAACUAACUCAAUAAUAUUAUUUCAGGACCUGCUGAGGAAAUGUGUUUUUUUUUUUGUUAUUUAAUUUUAAUCACUAAUGUAUUUAAAGUCAUGCUCUAUAAUUCAUCCUUUUUAUUUUUUCUUUCAAAUAUGUAACAUGGGCCACAAACUAGCCUCCUGUAAAUUUCUAUAUUGUCUAAAUUUGGAAGUGACAAAUAUUGCUCAUUAAUAUUAAACCUUUUAUAUGAGAACACACUCUUAAAUAAACUCAAUAUUUUGCUCUCUUGUUUAAAUAGCUAUAGCUUUCUACUGAGAACUUAACUGAGACUCGUGCUAAUACUUUUACAUUUAGUAGUAUGAUAAUGUGGCAUUAAGCAUAUGGCAUACUCAAAUUUAGCAAGAUAUCAUUUAUAGAGUGUAUAUUGGGCAAAAACAUUUAAAAUAUUUAAAGUUCUGAAAAUCCUGUAAGAGAAUUUGUCUAAUCAAUCAACAAGUAUUUACUUUGUGUCCAGCAAUGUUCAAUUUUUGGACUUCUGGCAUAUGAACAUUUUAGGAAUUCUUUCAUUUAAACUCACAAUUGGUCACCUCCUGUCUCUUUCUUUAUGGGCUCUCUUUGUGGCCAGACCUCAGCUAGCAUAUAGCUAGAUACGUUGACCUCAUCUUGCACUGGUUACAGCCCACUUAGGAAUCAAUAAACAAUAUUCUCUCUGUAAAAAUGAAUAAGGAUAAUAUUUGGUGGAUAAUAUAUUUUCAUGUUUUUUCAUAGCUGGAGAGGCAACAACAGGGUACAGUGACAAAAAGAGCUAUAUAUGGAGUCAGAGUCUGGUUUCAAAUCCCAAUUCUGCUGUUUACCACUUUGGGGACCUUGGCUAAAUUGCUUGACUAAUAUGAACCUUCAAUUUCUCAUCUUUAAGAUGAGAAUAUUAAACACGGUGACCUCUGGAUCCCUUCUGACUCUCUAUAUCUCUGAUCCCACGUUUCCUUCAGAUUGGGAAUGGAUAGUUACUGCCAGUAUCUGUCAGGUAUCAGUUGGAUAAGAUGACUUCUAAGAUCCCUUACAUCUCUUGAAAUUCUAUGAAUAGGAGUAGAUUAGGGUUUUAGCCAAUCCAUUUUCAUGGUUGGUUGCUAUCACUUAAAAUUCCAAAGUUUCCACCGUCUAACUGAUGCUGGUGCCAUGUAACAAAAGCUCUAUCACUUAUAUCACAGGGAAUAAGUAGACUGAAUUUCCUCUUCUGUAUUUACGACUGAUAAGUAUAUGAAUAGUUGUCAGGGAAAACAAAGCACAUCCAUUUCUUUGGGAAGGAAUAUUUGUAAUAAAGUGACCUGAAUGUAGAAUCUUAAUGGAACAUAUCAUUACAAAAAAGAUAUUUUGCCUUCAUUUUCUAUUGUGACUAGGAUAUUCCAAUGUAUAGAUUUAAACAAUGUUCUCACCCUUCAAUAAGAUAAUUUAAAUCACAUUUUCAAUUCCCCCCUCUGAAUUUAGCCACUAUAUUGUUAUUAAAUUUAUAUAAAUUAUGACACUUGAGGAUAUUUCCCCUGACAAAAUGUAUUUAAUAAAGAUAUUAUAUAUG